CCAGUGCUCCCAGUAUGUCCAGUUCCCCAUCUGAGGGCUCCCAGUACACCCAGUUCCAGUCCCAGUGCUCCCAGUAUGCCCAGUUCCCCAUCUGAGCACUCCCAGUAUGUCCAGUUCUCUGUCCCAGUGCUCCCAGUAUGCCCAGUUCCCUAUCCCAGUGUUCUCACUAUGCCCAGUUCCCUGUCCCAGUGCUCCCAGUAUGCCCUGUGUUUGUACCCCCCAGCAUCCCAGUUGUCCCCAGUUCCCUCCAGCCUGCUCCAGUUUGCCCCCAGUGCUCCCCAGUAUAGCCCAGCUCCUCAUCUCAGUGCUUCCCAGUAUGCCCAGUCCCGCUCCCACUCUCUCCCAGUGCCUCCCAUAGACUCUUCUGCUCCCCAGCUGCUCCAGAUCCUAUCCCAGUACCUCCCAGUAUAUACCAUUGUCCUUCCCUAUAUAUCCCAGUGCCUCCCAGUAUAUCCCAAUUCCCCCAGAAUAUCCCAGUGACCUUCCCAUUAUAUCCCAGUAUAUAUCCUAAUAUAGACCCCAGUAUAUACUCCAGCAUAUCCCAGUUCUCCCAGUAUGUACCAGUGAUGUUCCUUCCUCCCAGUAUAUAUCCCAGUUACCCCCAGUAUGUCCUUCCCAGUAUAUCCCAGUAUGUCCCAAUAUCCUCUCCAUAAUAUAUCCCAGUUUCCCCCUGUGCGUCCCAGUGACCUUCCCAUUAUGUCCUACUGCAUCCCACUGUCCCAAUGAUGUCCUUCCCAGUAUAUCCCAGUUAUCCCCAGUAUAUCCCAGUUAUCUCCAGUAUAUCCCAGUUCCCCAUUUGCCCUCAACUCAUCAUCGGUCCCCCACGCCGCGGGGGGGGCGCUCUGCGACCGGAAGUACCGCUCUAUCCGCUCCUUCUUGGUGACCCGGAAAGGAAGUGGCAUCGCACGGCUACUGCUCAGAGUGCUCCGCCUCUCGUCACGUGACUGCCCCGCCCGCGUGACGUCACAGCGUUUGCGGAAGUGCGCGGCAGAGGCGGAAGGAGCGGGGCAUUUUGUCACCAUGGACCUCCUGUUCGGCCGUCGGAAGACCCCAGAGGAGCUGCUGAGGCAGAACCAGAGGGCGCUGACCCGCGCCAUGCGUGAGCUCGACCGCGAGCGCCAGAAACUGGAGGCCCAGGAGAAGAAAAUCAUCAUCGACAUCAAAAAGAUGGCCAAGCAGGGACAGAUGGACGCAGUGAAGAUCAUGGCGAAGGACUUGGUGAGGACGCGGCGCUAUGUGAAAAAGUUCAUCACCAUGAGGGCCAACGUCCAGGCCGUGUCCCUCAAAAUCCAGACCCUAAAAUCCAACAACUCCAUGGCCCAGGCCAUGAAGGGCGUCACCAAGGCCAUGGCCACCAUGAACCGGCAGCUGAAGCUGCCACAGAUCCAGAAGAUCAUGAUGGAGUUUGAGAAACAGGCAGAGAUCAUGGACAUGAAGGAGGAGCUGAUGAACGACGCCAUUGAUGAUGCCAUGGGGGAUGAGGACGAUGAGGAAGAGAGCGACGCAGUGGUGUCACAGGUGCUGGACGAGCUGGGACUGAACCUCACCGAUGAGCUGGCCAGUGAGUGGGGUGGGGGUGCCUUGGUGGGGUCGAGAGGGUCAGGGGUGGCACUUUGGGGGCUCUGCGGGGGGGGUAUUUAAGGGGCCCUGGGGGGU